AUAAAUAGUCCUGGAUUCAUUGGUUAAGUAGCAGUCUUCCACCAGGCACCAUACUGAAAAGAAGUCAUGAUUUUAGCGAAGUUUUUAAUCUUUGUUGCUGUCAUAGCGGUAACUUUUGCGUGCCAAGAGUGCGAUAUAUACGAUUGCACUCAUCCAGUUUUUGAUUGUUUUUCAAAACAAAGAGAAACAAAAUUUUAUCAUAACCACUACUAUAGUUACAAUGGCUUAACACUGCCAGAAUGCUUGGAGAUAUGUAGAACAGAUAUUGAUAGAUGCAAAUCAGUAAAUUAUUACUGCCAGAACGAAAUCUGCGAUUUACAUUCUGAAUCUGCAGCAACCUAUCCGGAAAGGCUACAAUUUAAUAGAGACGCAAUAUACUUCGAACGAAAAGCCUGUGGUAAUGUUCAAACGGACUACGAAUGUUUUACAAGAACAAGUGGGAGAAGAUUAACAGAUUACUUUUCAUCUGUAACUGCUGAUAAUGAAGAGCAUUGUGUUCAUUUGUGUCUGUCUGUUGAAAAUUUAUGCUCAGCAGCCAGUUUUGAUUCACAAACAAAUCAAUGCCGAUUAGCUACUUCACUAAACAGUGAAAGUGAUACCAACUCUGAAUAUUUUGAAAAGACAUGUAAUUCUGAAUGUUUUUUCACCAGAACUGAUGCUAGAUAUUUGGCGGGUUAUAACGAUUAUACAGAAGAUGCAAACAGCGUACAUGAAUGUAUAGUAAAAUGUGCCCUCAGAAAUGUUGCAGAGAAUCAAUGCAAGUCAGCUGAAUAUCAAUCAGUUUUGAAAAAAUGCUAUAUGAGUGGAGAAACAAAAUCUGUCAAUCCCACUAAAUUUCGUCAAAGUUCUUCAUAUACAUAUGUCGAACUAGACUGUGGAGAUUCACCAAUAAACACUGAUUGUAUUACAACAUAUCAAAGUUCAUAUUACGCAGGAAACACCUAUACAAACUUGUCUGGUUCAACAGAAGAAUCGUGUAAAGAUGCCUGCAACCAAGACACAAACUGCAGGUCUGCUCUAUAUGCAAAGUCAAGAAACUCUAACGACUUGAAAGAAGGCAUGUUUUUAUUAAAUAUUUUAAGUUUUGUUGUGUUUUUCGUUGUUAUUUCGGCUCAAAAUUGCCCAGGCAACAACUGUAAAUGUUUCGACGAAUUUAAUGGUAGACACUUGACCACUUAUGCGAAGAAAAUAGAGGGAAGAAGUGAAGAAGAAUGUCGUGGAUCCUGUUUGGCUUAUCCUGAAUUGUGUCUCUCCGCUCAGUAUGAUCGAACAAAUAAACUCUGUUACUUGAACAAAAUAACUCAUGUAUCUAGUCCAUCAAUCUGGAAAACUAAAGGUAACUUUGUCUAUUGGUAUAGAAGAGAGGAAUGCCAUCGAAAUUGCUAUUUCAUAUACCAUUGGAAAAAAUAUCUAUUGGGUUACAAUGAUCAGCAAUAUCUUUCAUAUACAAGUUAUCAAUGCUUAGAAGCCUGUAUGUUAAACCAAAAUUUUGAUUGCAAAUCAAUUGACUAUGAUAGACAGACUGGUGAAUGUACACUUAGCAGAGAAUCGAAGGACACAAAACCAAACGCAUUUUUAUCCCAUAUUAAGUUGGAGCAUUUUCAUAAAGUAUGUAAAUCUGAUAAUAUUGAAGUGACUCCUUGCUACCAAGAAACAAUAGACGGUCAGUAUUUGACAAAUCACGCUAAACUACACAAUAAUAAACAACUUGAUGAGUGUCACAGGCUUUGUUUAUCCGCAACGUUCACUUGUAGAUCUAUUCAUUAUAACAAGUCUUCAAAAAAAUGCUAUCUUAAUAAAGAAACGCAUAAAUCAAGGCCAAAUUGGAUUAGAUUUGAUAACAAUUACGUUUACUAUCUGCGAGAUGAGAACUGCGAUUUUAAUUGCUAUUACCAGUACAAUUGGAGAAGAUAUAUUCCCGGGUUUAAACUCGGUCCGCAGCACAACAAUAUUACUAGUCUUGAAUGUAUGGAAAAAUGCUAUUUAGAACCAACUUGUCAAUCAUUCGAUUAUGACCGUAAUGGUAAAAGAUGUCAGCUACAUACUGAAUCAAAGUUAACAAAGCCUAAUGUUUUGCAAUACUCUUCAUUCUGGGAGAAUUAUCAUAAAGUUUGCGCCGUUUCGAAAGAGUAUAUAUGCUUUAACUCUUUCUCAAAUGCGUAUUUGAACGAUUUAUAUACAGAGUACAAAGAGCAAAGUGAAGAAGAAUGCAUUAGCAUUUGCUUGUUUAAUGGACACCAUUGCAAAUCUGCAUCUUACAACAAGAGAACGAGAAAAUGUUAUAUAACAAGAAAAACGAAAUCUUCUCAUUCUAAUUUAUAUUUUAAUAGCCAGGACUAUAGGUAUUUUGAAAAGAAAUUGAAAUGUCAGCCGGAUUGUAUGGCAAUACCCUUCAAAGAUUACUAUUUGAAAGGACAUACACUAAAAGCUUUAUCGGCUAAUGAUGAUUUUGAUUGUUUAGAGUCUUGUCUAUCAUAUACUCCUCAAGGUGUUUGCAAAUCUGCUUCCUGGAGAGAUAGUACAAAAACUUGCCUCCUACAUGACGAAUCAAGAAUAACUCGGCCAUUUAAUUUCAAACAAUCGAAUUACUAUGUUCACUGGGAUGUUAUGUGCCAUGGAAAAUGUUUCACGGAAUAUCCGUUUAGAUAUUUGUCAAACCAAGCUUACGCUAUCAUUGAUACAACAGAGGAUAGGUGUAAAUACUAUUGUCUGAUUGCGAAGGAAGGAUGCAGAUCUGCUUAUUAUAAUCGAAGAAACGAAAAAUGUUACUUAACAACGCACACUCAAUAUACGAAACCUAACAGCUUUAUUAUAGAUCAUGAUAUGGUUUAUUGGGAAAGAAAGACAGUCUGUCCAGCUUAUUAUUACUUUACAGUAUUCGAUGGUCACUACUUACAAGGACACAAUAUGAAAGAAUAUGUAGUUCAGGAUGAUGCAGAAUGUUUAGAGUUAUGCUUUACUCAACAUUCGUUUAAUUGUAAAUCUGCCGAAUAUAACAAGAGAACCAGAAUUUGUUACUUAAGCGAUGAAAACCGACAAACGAUACCACACCAUUGGAGAUCGAGUUCUCAAUUCAUUUAUUUCGAAAAGACACAUACAAAUUAG